AUGUCGAAAGCUUUCAUUGGCAAACCAGCACCAGCAUUCACUGCAACUGCAGUCAUAGACGGGGAUUUCAAGACGGUCUCACUCUCAGACUACAAGGGUAAAUAUGUGGUGCUCUUCUUCUACCCAAUGGACUUCACAUUCGUGUGCCCCACGGAGAUUAUCGCGUUCUCGGAACGUGCCGAGGAAUUCAAGAAGUUGGGCUGUGCAGUGUUGGCCGCCUCAACCGACUCACAAUUCACGCACUUGGCCUGGAUCAACACACCGCGCAAACAGGGCGGUCUUGGCCCGAUGCAUAUCCCAAUUCUGGCCGAUACAAACCACGAGAUGAGCCGUGAAUAUGGCGUUCUGAAGGAGGACGAUGGAAUCGCUUAUCGUGGAUUGUUCAUCAUUGACCCGAAAGGAGUUUUACGUCAAAUAACGAUAAACGAUUUGCCAGUGGGUAGAUCGGUUGACGAGACUAUGCGCUUAAUUCAGGCAUUCCAAUUUGUGGACAAACACGGAGAGGUUUGCCCAGCCAAUUGGACACCAGGCAAGGACACGAUCAAGCCGGGCGUAAAGGAGAGCAAAGCAUAUUUCGAGAAACAUUAAGCAUUGGACACUCUGACAGUGUGCAGAUUGACAACUUGUUUCUCAGUAAUCAUUAUCGAUAUUCUGUUGUUGUUGUUUAAAUUUUUUUAAAUGUUGCCCCAGAACGGUGUUAUGUUAUAAAUGUCUUCCGGUUUCAUUUCAUUUCAUUUCAUUGAGUUCCUCGAAUAUGUUGUGCUAACGAUAAGAUUGCUAAUCGGUAUCUAUUCUUCCAACUUGUUCUGAUCUUCCACUUGAUAUUAUUAUAAUCAUGCUUGAUCAUUUUGUUUUUAUGGACAGUUUAUUAAUCGAAACAAUAAAGUAUU